CGGUAAUCAAACAGUCAAGUCAGUGACGUGCGUCGUGUAGCUCCGAAUCCUCCUUUUCCGCGAUCGACUCGUUGCUAUUAAAUAUGAAAUGCUUCGUAUAGUGAAUAGCAAAUUAAUAUAAAAGUACAUCCUGUAUACCAGGAACAGAGGGAGAGAUAGACAAAGACGAGGGAGCAGUCGAACUCGAGGAAUUUCCCGAUUGCCAUAACCGAUUCCUCCGAUGAUGACGCCUCUGCCCCGAUGGGUGUUGCUGGCGUUGCUGUUGGCCGGCGCUGAGGCGCGUCCUGGCGAUUACGCAUGCGUUCGGUUGUGCCAUGCACAGGACAGGGGCCUGGAUGUCACGGGAGUCUGCGACCAUCAGCAGAGACUCGUCCUUCAGUUCAGCGGAGGCCGGUACCCGACGCAGCGCCUUCUCAGGCUCUGCCUGAUCCCGUGUAGCGGUCUUGGGUCACGGAACGAUACCGUCUUCGAUGGCUCGCAAAUCUGUCGCGUCAUCAGGGAGUCGCUUAUCUAUCGCCAGGGUUGUUCAUGCAAACCUCCGGCAAAUGGCAGACCCUGGGGCCUCCGAGCGAAUCCCCCAUGGUCGAAGAAGCCGAAUCCAGUGAACGGACUGCUGAGCAUGUUGAUGAAGAUCGCCAGGGUCCUAGCUGCAGUUUCCGUUGAUCACGCGAGCGAGCCUGGUACCACCGACCUUCGGGACGGUAAAAUGAAGUUCUCCGAUCGACUGGACAACGGGACGGACUUCGUGGACGCUGAGAUUGCGAAUCCGACCACCGAUGCUCCCUUCGGAGCAGAUUGGACGGAGGACUUCACCGACUGGGAGAUGUGGUGCAUGGCCCAGUGUGACAACGGACGGUGCGGCAAUUCCUGCAACCUUAAUCUCAAAGGUUGAAGAGAGGAUGUUCUCGAAAACGAGAAGAGGACGAAGGAGAAUGGGGCGAAGAAGGCACAGGCACGAAUUUACAUAUCUCGUAGGUUAGCUGGGCCUACGACGCCCGGUAGCGUGUAAGGUUAGUUUUACUGGGUAAUACACGUUAACAUUUCAUUUAUUUCUCUGUCGUUCGUCUUCCGCGUUCGAAUAAGUUGCUCAUCGUUCGUGGAAACAUCCUACGUCGAUAAAUUUGUACAGAGUUUCGCGAAGAUUGGAAUAGAAUUCUGGUACCGGGGAAGCUGUCGAUGAAGAACUUGAACGUUUUUUCGAAACGAUCGCUGACCAAGAUUUUAUCGCUCAUACUCGCCUGUCGUUGAUAGCUUAACCGCUUUUAGGCUUAAGAGUUCUCUACGCUAGGUCCUAGUUCACGCGCUCCGACACACGGGCGAAUUAACACACGCCAAGGAAUAGGCUUGUCGAAUAAGGACUUUCCCGCGCGUUAUCGACACCGACGUUUUUCCAGAUAUUACGGGUACGCAUUCGGAUAAACGCAAUGGAGGACACGUUGCGACGCGCGUUAUUCCGAUCGAGGCGUGUGAAUAGGACACCGACGUGCAAAUGUGUGUAUUAUGCAAUAAACGGUAUUUCUACGCGAGCGCGAUGCAACGUUGAACGUGCGUCGACGCGAUCCAUGUACGUCUAGAUCUAUAUGAUAAUUCGUACCAUAGCGGAUAACUUUUACACGAUGCCACGUAACCGUGUGUGCGUACUUAACACUUUAGCUACCGAAAGAGAAAGGAAAGAGUUUCCGACUUAGAAGAAGACUAUGUUACUAUAUUAAUUGAGAAUGACGUUCUGCAUUCUAUUGUUGGGUGAAUUAAAAGCCUCGUUCGUUUGUCCAAAUUGAGCAUUGUGAACAGAUAACAGGUACAGUUUACAGGUUACAGUGAGUAAACACUGAAAUUAACCCAUUAACUACCAGGAAAAAGAACAUUUUGCACUGCGCGCCAAGAUUUGAUACAGGUGCGUAAUCUGAGCUAUUACUUUUCAAAUAAAAUGUGAUAUUAAAUUUGUUAUUUAAAAGAAAAUAUUAUUAUAUAAAAUUUACGUUCCCCCUUUCUAAUAAUUCCUAACUCAAACUACUAUAAACUCGUUCCGUGAUUAAUUAAAAUCAAUCUAAAUUUGGAGUAAAAACUACGAGAUGUGACGUACUCGGCAGUCUUGAUACAUACGCUUACUACAAAAUAUGUCGUAGUUGACAGUAAAUGGGUUAAUUCAUCGUGAUACAACCACGAGCACUGCUGGAACAUUGUUUAUUUCUGAGAAUAAUUAAAGAAAUUUAUUUUAGAUCAUCCACUUUGAGUAAAAUUUCAUAUACAUACUUUGUACUCAUUCUUUUAUUUUGUAAAAGCAGUGGGACGAAGACUUUGAUACUAAAAUCAUAUUCGUCGUAGAAAAUAAGCAGUAGAUAUACGUAUGGUUUAAAUGGAUACAACUUGGUCUACAUGCAGGCAACAGCUUAUUCUAUAAUCACACAAACAAAAUUUACAGGAAAUAAAUACUGUCAGAUUCAUAAUUUAAAUAACACUGUAAGCUCACAUGACUCUGAGACAACAUACCUAUUAUAACUUUUGAUUUCUGAUUUAAUUCUAUCAUCGAUAUGUGUGUAUUGUGGUUGCAGUAUAAUCGAAUGUUCGACGUACAAUCUGAGUGCAAGAAUUGUCUUGCUACUUUUCACACCAGACGAAUACAGAUGAACAUGUAUGCACAUUAAUAUUUUUCUUUGAAAUUAUAUACCGUUAUUAGUGUUUAUCAAUGGUCUUAUCGUAAAAAUGUUUAUACAAUUUUCCUUCUAUGUUUGUUGUGAACAAAAUUGUCUCCUUCGUAAACCGAUUUUUAUUUAAAAUGCACCGAUAUAUACCAAUUCUAUAUACGUAUACUUCUCAUCAAACAAUUACUUUUCGAAAAUCUGGAUCGUUUCUUUCAAAGAAUUGUAAUUUACUAAAAAUAUUACCCAAAAGUGCCUGAAGCUGACUACCUACUGGCGCGAAACAAUACUCGGAGUGUAAAAGCAUAAAAAUCCAACGAAUAGGAUCUCGGUAGAUAAAGUGUUAACAAAGCGUUAGCGUUUAAGUUAAUUGUCCGAGCGACGAAACGAAAUCCAUGUCUUCCAUUUUGUAGACUGCUGCUCAGCGUGCGUUCGAGCAUCUUAAAUGUAUAACCUUAAGACGCGAAUAAGGUGAGCACGCGUGUAUCGAUAGUUAUCGUUUAAGCGAUUAGUAGACGGCAGAGCGUCGAUUUCGACGAGGGGAAUCCGGCGAUCGAGAAGAACAUGAUCGUCGUGUUUCUCCCGCGAAACUACGCUGCCUUCGUUUAUUUAUAGUGUGCCGUUAAAAAACGUUGUGACGCGACAAUAAGAAGUAGAUUCUAGUAUGCCUUGUGCGAUGCAAAACCUUGUCCUUCGUGCACUUUUGACCGUCCAUCCGUCUGUCGAAAGGUUAUCACGAUAAAAAUUAUGAUGUUUUUACGGUAUACAUCAGAAACGGAAGCGUAGAUGAUGGAAGAAUAAACUAUUUUCUCUUUUGUGAAAAUUUAUCCGCACAUCGAAACUACUCAGAAGUGGUCGAAAGUGUGCGUAGGACUACGACUUCAGCGGAUCAUUAUCUGGGCUAUAGAUUUAAGGGAACUUGCUUUGUAAAUAUUUACACGAAUAACGCCUAUAAAUAAUUGGAGAGCCUAUAUUAAUUAGCGAUCAUACCGAGGAAUCGAAACGGGGUACCAAUUUAUAAGUUUAGAAGUUACUCUCUUGGAAACUAUUCGUCGUCAACCUUAUUGUAUUGUACUCUUAUACGUAUUCAUAAGGGAUGUGUGGUUGCUGCCGGUAAGCAGUCAUACAAAUAAUGAAACUAUGCAUGUAUCUACUACACGGAGAAUGCUGUACUCAGAAAUGUAUACGUGGAACAAGUUCUUCCACGUCUCGAUCUAUACCUCCAAAGCGUCUUUAUUAAUAUUGUGAAACUUGCAUAAAUAUAUUUAUAUUAUUUAUGUUCACGAUUGUAAAUUGUGUAUAUAUAUAUGGUAUAAGUAACUAAUAUUCGCAUUAUGUUUUGUCAUACGAUAAAUAAAGGACAUUUGCCGUAAACGAGAAA